GAGAAGAUACACAAACGGAAGACAGCAGGUACUUGAGUAGGUACAAACACCACCAUGGGACCCCGCCCGAUAUCGCUGCCAGUUUCAGUCUUCUCCAAGGUACCAAAUUGUAUCGUUCGGGAUUUGGCGGGGUUCUUUUUCUAACUUCAUGUUUCUGAUUACUGUGCACCACCGACAAUACCGAUAAUUCCCCCAAUUCCCCCGUAUCGGGAGAUACACGCACUAUAAACGCUAUAAACGCUAUAAAGACGCGCAUCAACAACCUACAAUUAUCUCUACGACCUCACUUCCAUCCGUCCUGCACUUCCUACGCUACUACGCUACUACUAUCGAGCCGUUGAUACCCUCCUCCUCAUCCCUCCUCAACAAACACCAAGACCGACACCCCGCCAUUGCACUCAUAUCCGUCCAAGAUUCUUCCAUUGAACCGCCUCACGACCACCCCCAGCUCACCCCCCAGCCGUUAAUGCGAACCUCAAAACCCUAAUCACAACGGCUGAGGAGUAUACGGACUUGAUCUGAAUACUCCUUGCGUCUGGAAUCCACCCCAUCCCACGAGACCACCCAACUACGCCUCAAACGACCACCAUCUACAACCUAUAACAACCACCACCCUCCUCUACAAACCCCAAGACCCUCCGCGGUCAUGCUUCCUCCAGUCCCCGUCCUCAGCGAUUACGGAAUCUCGCCCGAAAAUGGCUUCCUCCCUGAUCGUCUGCCGCUGCAGCACCUGCCCGACCCCUACUAUAACAAGUGGGAGUCCAUCGUGGCCAACCUGCAGGCUCUCCUCUUGAGCAAGCGCCUCCGCGGCAUCAUUCACGAUCUCCCUGUCCUCACUACCACCGGUCUGGAAGAUGAAUCCGAGUGGCAGCGGGCAUACAUGAUGCUGGCCUUUAUGGCACAUGGCUAUAUCUGGGGUGGUGAAACACCUUCAGAGCGAGUCCCGCCAUCAAUCUCCAUCCCCCUCCUCGCAGUAGCCAAGCACCUCGACAUCCCCCCCGUCGCCACCUACGCCGCCGUCGUCCUGUGGAACUUCAAACCCCUCUUCAACAGCGAGCCGAUCGAGAACCUCGAGAACCUCUCCACCCUCCUCACCUUCACCGGCUCCCUCGACGAAUCCUGGUUCUACCUCACCUCCGUCGCCAUCGAAGCCCGCGGCGGCCCCAUCGUCCCCUUGAUGAUCUCUGCCAUGACCGCCGCCCGCGAAAAAGACGCGCCCUACGUAACCGCCUGCCUCCGCUCCUUCGCAUCCCGCCUCGACGACCUCAGCGUCCUCCUAGUCCGCAUGCACGAGAACUGCGACCCACACGUCUUCUACCACCACAUCCGCCCCUUCCUCGCCGGUUCCCAGAACAUGGCCGAAGCCGGCCUCCCCAACGGCGUCAUCUACGACACUGGCUCGGGAACCGACACCUACAGCCAGUUCAGCGGCGGCAGUAACGCGCAGAGCUCGCUGAUCCAGUUCUUCGACAUCGUCCUCGGCAUCCAGCAUCGUCCCACGGGCCAGAAAUUCGAUAAAGCGCACUCGGACCAGGAGGGCACCGCGCCUCCGCCAAAACACAAUUUCAUCCACGACAUGCGCCGCUACAUGCCCGGCGCGCACCGUCGCUUCCUCGCUGACGUCUCGCUCUGCGCUAACAUCCGCGAUUUCGUCGAGAGCCGCAAGGUGGACACGGAGCUGACGGGGGCGUAUGAUUUGUGUCUUGCUCGUCUCCAGAAUUUCAGGGACAAGCAUAUCGCCAUCGUCGCCCGCUACGUCGUCAUGAAGUCCCGUGAGACUCCGCCCUGGACGCGCGAUGAGAGCAACAAGCACCGCCAGAACCUCGCCCUGUCAUCCUCCUCCAACAACCAGGAUGGCAAGAAACUCCGCGGAACCGGCGGAACGGCUCUAAUGCCCUUCCUCAAGCAGGCGCGCGAUGAGACGGUGGAGCCGGCGAUUACGCCGUGGAAGAAGACGAUGGGUGGGGGCUUUGGGAAGUUGAAGGGAGUGCCUGUUGUGGCGCCGCCGGUGACGGACGAGAAGCUCGAGAAGACGAGGAGUGUGCCGGAUUUGGAUUUGCAGGUUAAUGGGCUUGCUGGGUCGUGGGCGGCGGAUGUGGAGACGGAUGGGGUGGGGGGUGGGGGUUUGUGCCACUAUUAAAAUAGACAGGCAGGCGGAGAGACAAAACAGAUGGACAGAUGGGGGAAAAUCCUGGAUCUUUUGUUGGGAAAAGAGAAAAGGGUCGCUGUUGAGGUUUUGGAGGGGAGGGAAAAUAAGUCACAUGGGGGGUUUUUCGUUACGUCGAUAAGGAGGGCGGAAUUUUGUUAGCAACGAAUUUGCGGUUUUUGUUUUGGGUUGUUCGGAUAGGAUAGCAGGACCAUGGAGAUAGUCAUGCUUCUAUAUAGAUGUUGCGGCGACGCACAUAGUUGGAUCGAGGGGUGGAUGACACUCAGCUCAACUCUGUGGUUUCCAUCGGAUCGAUGCGAUGGUAGUAUAUGAAAUUUGGAUGAGAAAUGAUGAGCAUAUACCUACUUCUACUGCGUUUAAUGAUUGUACACCUACUCAGCGCCAAUUGAUAUUCCUCGAUACGACCAUAAGACUAUGGGCUUUGAACGAUCAAUUCCGCCAACCUGCCUUACCAGUCAUUGCAGAAAAUUUGAAAAACUAUCAUCACACGCAGCGGUCAAGACGCCCAGCCCAUCAAUCAACCCCACGGACCGCCUUGCCGGGGUCAUCUCACAAUCCCCAACACACCCAUUCGGCAGUUCCGCCCUCCACCCCGCUGCGAUGCACUGCGUUCCUGCACAUCUAAACUCAACCCCCCAACCAGCUAACUCCAUAUCCACAUCCCUCGCAGCGCACAUAUACCCGGGGAGUCGCGGGCCCAGCACCAUCGGAAAACUCUUACCGCCGCUAUCCCG